AUGGCCGUCCAGACUGGAGCCAGCGAACCCAACGAACAGGCACCAAAAGAGGUAUGCCAUCACUUGGUGAACUGGGGUACCUCCUAUGACACCAUAGCGCUUUUCAUCACGAUGUCGGCGUCUGGGUCCGACUCCAGCUGCUCCCCGCCAGCUAUCCCGCUUGCUGUUACAGGGGGAAGCGGCGCUGGGGGCGUGGUCGCCCUGCCCCUCGCCGCUUCCUCAGUCUAG